UAGUCAAUAAACAAUUAAAUGCGGUUAUCCUCACAAAAGACCCUAAAUGUUUUUAAGGGUGAAAAUAAUACAUAAGUUAAUCUUGUGAUUAAUUUGAUCUUUAGAUUUGAUUUUAGACUUUAUUAUACUUUAUUUAAUUUCUCAAAGAACAUUUCAAAGUGAAGAUUUCAAAUGGAAGCUAAUUUAGAAGUGAUGAUUUCCAAUCUAAAUAAGUGUUCUGAAGGUAUAAAAGCUAUCAUUGAAACAACCGAAAUAAUGGAAUCUGAGUUUUUAGUAUGUAAAUCUCCAUUGUUCAAGACAGAGGACAAUUUUUUAUCACUGGCAUCUUCUGGUUCAAGUUCUAUUGUGUUUUAUUUUCUUUACCAUCUGCUGAAGGUGCCAUAUAUAUUGCCAGAUAUUUUGAGUUUGGUAGUUUAAGUGGAUGUUAUCAGAACCUCAUUCAUUCAAAAUUAAAAGAAAAAUUCGGAAUCAAUUCAGUUCUUCCCUAUCAAGUUUACACAAGUCAAGAUGUAGAAUCCCAUUCAAAAAGGCAAGAUAGCCUCUAUCAAAAGCAAAAACCACAUGGAAGAAAAACGCCAAUUUUUUCAAAAAUUAGGUUUUAUGAUAGACAAAUUUCAAAUAACAAAAGCAGUCUCCAAAAACUUUUCAAUCAAAUUAAGCCACAUAUUGAAUCAAAAAGCAGCAAAUGUUUAUUUAUAAUGUGUUAUUCAAUGUACAAAAUCCAGAAAUGGUCUACAUCCAAUGAAUCAGAUAAUAAAAGAUUUUUACUUUGUACUGAUGGUGAAAAUGAAUGUUGGGAAAAGCUUUUGUUGGAUUAUCGUUGUGUCAGAGAUAACAAUGGUAAAGUAUUUUGCUAUAAAUUAGAACAAUCAAUCAAUUUGACUUUAGAAGAGCAAAUUUACAUUUUAACAUCUAUUCCAAAUGAUCAUUUCUGGAGUUGGCAAAAUCAGAUAUCCACUAAUGUAAAGUUUGAGCAAAGAUUACCAACUUGUGUUAGAUAUUUUCCUGCCUCCCCAAGAAAUAGAAUCAUACAAGCAUGUUGUUAUCGUGAAGAUCCUAGCAAAAUAGUUUCAGCAGUGUUAGAGGUUCUCAUGGGUAAAAAUGAUAUAAUAAUCCCAUACGCUAAGGAAAAAAAGGAAUUGAUGGUUAAAAUUGAUGCUGUUGCAGCAUGUGAUAAGAAACAAAUGGAUUGAUGUAUUUGAUGAAGUUACUGGUCUUUGGAAAUUUGGGUUAAAUAAUCCCAGAAAACAAAAAGUUGAUCAAGACCCAUUUUCACCACAGUUAGUGGAACAAUUAAAUAUACGAAACAGAUGGAUACAUAAUCAAUCAGUUUAUCCAUUUUUAAAUGGCAUUUGUGAAUGUGGGGCUGGAUGGACUAACAAUACUUACCCAGAAGGAAGAUUUUUUCCCAAUGGAACAUCCAGUUUAUAUACUGACAGAGGUGUUAUAUUGUUACAGGUUUUUCUUCUACGUUGUGUCAAUUUGUCAUGUGUUAGGUUUUGGGACGGUGCAGAACAUUGUGUAUAUCGAUUGUCUUCAUCUACAUGUGCUGGUUAUGACAUUGGUUAGGACUUUGUUGAUUCAGUUCAAACCAGUGGUCAAACUUUUAGUGGUGUUGUUACCAAUAUGUCCAAUAGAUACAAGCGUAUGAAUAAUGCAGUAUCAUUUAUGUCUAAUUCUGUUUUUAUUGAUUGGUUUUUUGGAUGGGCUUCUCACAUGGGGAUUGACUUCCGAGAACAAUGUACAAUGUGCGGAAACAGUAAUCGUAUUUUAGCAUGUGAUGGAACAAAACUUGGCAUUGGCUUUAAACAAACAUUUGUAAAAGCUAUAGAAACGCCUGAGAUUGAAGAAGUUCCAGAAACAACAUUCCGUAGGUUUGAUUGUUGCUUCAUCCUUAACACUAAAGAGAAAGACCCUAAGGAUUUUGCACAUGCAAGGAAAGUUAUCCGUACUAUUUGUGAAAUAAUAAAGAAUUGUGAUGAUGUUGAUAAUGUAUCAUCUUUAGCAUGUUCUAUAGAUUUUUUUAUACCUCUCUUUGCUAAGGCUGCUUUCAACAGGAUGGUUAUUGGGAAAGAGUGUACUCUGCAAGAAAGAAGAGCACUGGCAGAUUUCUUUUCGUUACUUGGAACUGAUGCAUCAAUGGACUCCUUAAUUCCAUUUAGAUUCUGUUCAGAUGUAUCAUCUUUUAUGAUGUCGGUGCUGGAAAAUACUGUUUCAAUUGAGGAGCUGAAUAGUUUUGUGCAUGAAUCAAAAUAUUAUUGCCCAGAAUUGUCAUGCCUUGUGUUUACUUCCUUUAAUAAUAUUUCUAAUAUAAAGCCAUGUUAUGAUGUAGCCAUGCUUGUUGACUAUAUUGCAAAAGCAAUAAUUAACAUCCAUACUUUGAAUGAACCUAGUGCAGAUGCAAACAUAAUUGAUAACUCGUAUGAUCCAGCAAAAUUUGGUCGCGCAUAUUAUUUUACCCCACACGGAUGUCAAAUUCGAAGAAUGCGUCAUUUUACUAUAGAUAAAGAAGAUCAUAAAAAAUCUGUUUUUGAUGACCAUCCUGAUGUCAACUGUGAUAAACAAUUUUCUUCUGUUUCAAAGAAAGGAACAACUUAUGCUUUUUUUUGGUUCUGCCCUGUUCAUGGGCAUUGUUAUGGUUUUCAUAUAAUACCAGGUAGCGAAGGUCGAAAAGACCCUGCUGCAUCACUAUAUACCCAUUGUCCAGAAGCCCCAAAUGAUUUAUUUUAUGACUUUGCCUGCAAUUUGUCAGAAUAUUGCAAAAACAGAGAAUCACAGUACUUUGCAAAAACUCGUUUUUUCCAUGACAUUUUUCAUGGAUAUACGCAUAAAUGUUCAAAUGCCUUUAAAUAUAGUCGUUUGACCUCCUCACCUCUGGUAAAUACAUCAAUAUGUGAACAAUUUAACAGCUACAUUUAAAAAAUCAAACGGUCUGCAAAGCUUAUGUCUCAAGCACAUUUUAUGUUUUAUUUGCAAUUUUUUGUGCAUCUUUGGAAUAAAUCUAAACGAAUUUCAUUUCAAAGAAAGCUAAAUAUUGCUCAUCAAGGAUGCAAAACAUAAGCAAUUAGUUAAUUUAAUACUAUUUAAAAUUAUUUUAUUCACACUCCUGUCUUAUAUGUUAUAGAUGUUGGAAAGUAUACUUUAAAAAUACAAAUUU